AGAAGGACAGGGUUUGCUACUAACGGAAGUGCGACUGUUGUUUAUCCGGCAGUUAGCCUCCUCGUCGUUGGCGUAUAACGAUGGCCCACGCUGCAGGAAAACAAGGACCUAAAAUUGUCUCCAAAUCAUCUGCGGGAGGCACCGGGGCUGCGGGGGCUGGUGGUGGGCCCCCGAUAAUGCCCCUCGCCUCUCCGCUCAUGGGGAAAAAGAAGAAGCCGUUUCUGGGGAUGCCCGCUCCUCUGGGCUACGUCCCCGGUCUGGGUAGAGGUGCAACUGGCUUCACCACCCGAUCUGAUAUUGGUCCUGCUCGUGAUGCCAACGAUCCAGUGGAUGACCGACAUGCACCUCCAGGGAAGAGGACAGUUGGGGACCAAAUGAAAAAGAACCAGGAUGAUGAUGAUGAAGAUCUGAAUGACACAAACUACGAUGAGUUUAAUGGAUAUGCAGGUAGCUUGUUCUCCAGUGGUCCCUAUGAGAAGGAUGAUGAAGAAGCAGAUGCCAUAUAUGCAGCACUGGACAAGAGGAUGGACGAAAGACGCAAAGAAAGAAGGGAGCUGAGAGAGAAGGAAGAAAUCGAGAAAUACCGUAUGGAGCGACCCAAAAUCCAGCAGCAGUUUUCAGAUCUAAAGAGGAAAUUGUCAGAGGUGUCAGAGGAGGAGUGGCUGAGCAUCCCUGAGGUGGGAGAUGCCAGGAAUAAGCGCCAGAGAAAUCCCCGCUAUGAGAAACUCACCCCUGUCCCCGACAGCUUCUUCUCCAAACACCUGCAGACUGGAGAGAACCAUACCACUGUUGACCCUCUACAAGGGCUGGGAGGUCUGAACACACCUUACCCAGGAAGCAUGACACCAGGGACAGGAGAGCUGGACAUGAGGAAAAUCGGUCAGGCCAGGAACACACUUAUGGAUAUGAGACUCAGCCAGGUGUCUGACUCAGUGAGCGGACAGACAGUGGUGGAUCCUAAGGGUUAUCUGACAGAUCUCAACUCCAUGAUCCCCACACAUGGAGGAGACAUCAGUGACAUCAAGAAGGCUCGUCUACUACUGAAAUCUGUGAGGGAGACCAAUCCCCAUCACCCGCCUGCCUGGAUUGCCUCUGCCAGGCUGGAGGAGGUGACCGGAAAACUGCAGGUGGCCAGGAACCUGAUCAUGAAAGGCACAGAGAUGUGUCCUAAGAGUGAGGAUGUGUGGCUGGAGGCAGCCAGGCUCCAGCCCGGAGACACAGCCAAAGCCGUGGUAGCCCAAGCUGUCCGCCACCUGCCUGGGUCCGUCCGCAUCUACAUCAGAGCUGCAGAGCUGGAGACAGACAUCAGGGCCAAGAAACGAGUCCUCAGGAAGGCCCUGGAGAAUGUGUCCAAGUCAGUUCGACUGUGGAAGACAGCUGUGGAGCUGGAGGAGCCAGAGGAUGCCAGGAUCAUGCUUAGCAGAGCUGUGGAGUGUUGCCCUACAAGUGUGGAGCUGUGGUUGGCACUAGCCCGGUUAGAGACAUACGAGAACGCACGUCGUGUCCUGAACAAAGCUCGAGAGAACAUCCCUACUGAUCGCCACAUCUGGAUCACUGCUGCUAAGUUGGAGGAGGCCAACAGCAACACUCAGAUGGUGGAGAAGAUCAUUGACAGAGCCAUCACUUCUCUGCGCGCCAACGGCGUGGAGAUCAACAGAGAGCAGUGGAUACAGGAUGCAGAGGAGUGUGACAAAGCAGGCAGCGUAGCUACCUGCCAGGCCGUGAUAAGGGCCGUCAUAGGGAUUGGCAUCGAGGAGGAGGACCGCAAACACACCUGGAUGGAGGAUGCGGAUAGUUGUGUGGCCCAUGGGGCGCUGGAGUGUGCCAGGGCCAUCUAUGCCCAUGCUCUGCAGGUGUUCCCCAGUAAAAAAAGUGUCUGGCUUAGAGCUGCUUACUUUGAGAAGAAUAACGGCACCAGGGAGUCUUUGGAGGCCCUGCUCCAAAGGGCCGUUGCUCACUGUCCCAAGGCAGAGGUCCUGUGGCUGAUGGGGGCCAAGUCCAAGUGGCUGGCUGAGGAUGUGCCUGCAGCCAGAAGUAUUCUUGCUCUGGCCUUCCAGGCUAACCCGAACAGUGAAGAGAUCUGGCUGGCUGCUGUCAAGCUGGAGUCUGAGAAUAACGAGUAUGAAAGAGCCCGUCGACUGCUGGCCAAGGCCCGUAGCAGUGCCCCAACCGCCAGGGUAUUUAUGAAGUCAGUCAAGUUGGAGUGGGUGUUGGGGAACAUAGAAGCUGCCCAGGAGUUGUGCACCGAGGCCCUGAAACACUACGAGGACUUCCCCAAACUUUGGAUGAUGAGAGGCCAGAUAGAAGAGCAGUGUGAAAACAUGGAUAAGGCCAGAGAGGCGUACAACCAAGGGUUGAAAAAGUGUCCCCACUCGAGCGGCCUGUGGUUGCUGCUGUCUCGUCUUGAAGAGAGAGUGGGACAGCUGACCAGAGCCAGAGCAAUCCUGGAAAAGGCCCGACUCAAGAAUCCCCAGGGCCCCGACCUAUGGUUGGAGUCGGUCAGACUGGAGUUCCGGGCUGGACUGAAGAACAUCGCCAACACACUGAUGGCCAAAGCUCUGCAGGAAUGCCCCAAUUCAGGUAUCCUGUGGGCUGAGGCAGUGUUUUUGGAGGCAAGGCCCCAGAGGAAGACUAAGAGUGUGGAUGCUUUGAAGAAGUGUGAACAUGAUCCCCAUGUCUUGCUCGCUGUAGCCAAGUUGUUCUGGAGUGAGCGUAAGAUCACCAAAGCCAGAGAGUGGUUUCUGAGGACAGUAAAGAUUGAGCCAGACCUGGGAGAUGCUUGGGCUCUCUUCUACAAGUUUGAGCUGCAGCAUGGCACAGAGGAACAGCAGGAAGAGGUGCGAAAGCGCUGUGAGAAUGCGGAGCCCCGCCAUGGAGAGCUGUGGUGUGCCGAGUCCAAACACGUCCUGAACUGGCAGAAGAAGACAGGAGAGAUCUUAGCAGAGGUAGCCAGCAAGAUCAAGAACACAUUCUGAGAAUGGGGAAAAUGUGGACUGAAAACACCUGGAGGACUCUGGCAGUCACCAGUUGAGCAAGAAACAGCUAUGGACAUGCUCAACUAUUGUUCUCAACCAGGACUUGCCCAUCUGUGGCAGAUACAAAGUAAUCAAACAUACCCCCCUUACCUUUUUCAGGUUUACCGUUUUACCAAAUGGAAUCACAGUUUCUAUACUUACCAACAGAGAAUGAUAAUUUAAUGUCAAAGUGAAACCUAAGUACCAAUUUAAAACUCAAAAUUACCGUCUUCAAGUGAAUAAGUAGUAGCGACAGUAGUAGGUUUUUGUGGCUAGGUCUGUGGUCUUUCAGGUAGCACAGGGACUGUCGUUGAACUGUAGUUUUCAAGUCUUCAGAUGGAUUGAGUUCAGGACUUUGAAUCGGCCACUCCAGGACAUAAUAUUAUUGUCUUUUAAGCCCCUCCUGCGUAGCUUUGGUUUUACGUUUUGGCAUUUGCUGGAAAGUAAACCUCCCAAGUCUGCUUGCAGACUGCUGCAGGUUCUCUGGGAUUUAAUUGUAUUUUGCUGCAAUCAUUUUACUCAGAGCCUGCAGCAGAGAAGAAUCCCCACAGUAUGAGGUUGCCUCCAUCGGUUAAUGGUGGAGAUGGUGUGUUUCUGGUAAUGUGGCUGGUUUUAAUUUUGGUCUCAUUAGACCAUAGAACCUUCUUCCACUUAGUUUGAGUCUCCCACAUGCCUUCUGGAAAAUACUAGCUCAGAUGUUACACAAGCAGUUUGCUUCUCCUUGCAACACUGGGCUGCACCUGGCAAAUCACCCAGGCAACAGUUGUUUAAAUAGUUCUCAGAAUAAUUAAAGGGAAACACACCUACUCUACUGAGGUGCUGGCUUAAUUCAUACAUUUUUGUAAAUCAACCUUUAGCACAAUUUCUAAAGGCAAAAUGUUGAUUUACAGCUUCAUGAAUUAAAGGAUUGUAUCAGAGCUAUGAGUUUGCAGCUCUGUCUUUUCAGCUUCUGAUGUAUUUGCACAGUGUCUCGCAUCUCAACCACCUUCAGAAUUAUGCUAUGCAUAUUGAGCAUCUUGGAAAUGUUCAUGUACAGUACCUUUUUGUUAUCUAGCCAUGACCACCCAAGUGAAAUACACUUACUAGUCUCUAUUGUUUUGCCAUGCUGUUGGUUCAUGUGGCUGUCGGUUCAGGUCUGCAUAAUCUGCGUGUGCCUGUUCUGUGUGCUGAAUUGAAAUGGUGUGAAAACCAUGCCCCAGCAGCACUGUACCGGCCAGGUUUGGAAGAGGACACACAGGUGAUCUCUGCAACAUAUAAUGUGAGUUGCACCAGUAAUGAUGUAGGCGUGUUAUAGUAAAGGGGGUUAAAAGUUAGAGGUAAUCAGUUAUUUUCUUUUAUAUUUCUACUAAAUUAGAAUAAAUAUGUUGAUUUGUUUUCCCUUUGACAUUUUCUGCUGAUUACUGUUGAAAUUCAAAUUUCAGUCGUUGUGAAAAUUGUAAAACAAACAUGAACUUAAAUGGGUACUGUGAGAGAGAAAUAUACAAAACACACUCAUGUUGAUUCCACCUUUACAGUACAGUAUGUCUGGACUGAACUUUUUCGGUAUUGGGUGUUAUUGUCAAAACUUGUUUGUUAAAAACAAUUAGAACAUCUUAUUUCUGUGGAAUUUUGUUUUCAUGUCUGGAUUUGACUGAAAUAAUUGUAUAUACACUUGUCAGGGAUUAUUACAUGCUUUCUCAUGUUCUAGUAGUGAUAUGCUUUUUUACUUAGCAUGCUUGACAUUUGUUUAAAUACUUUGCAGGCAUCCAAUAAACAAAAUAACAGUUAA